AAGUAAAUGAUUCAGAUCUUACAUUUUGACAAAAAGUGUCAAGUCAAAAUCAAAAUGUUGAACAAUAUGUGCUUUCCAAAAGAGGUAGGAGGAAUCUAGAAAAACUUGGAAAAAAGAACAAUACACAUCAAUAUUCAUCUUUUAAUCUUUGUAGGGCAUUUUUCUUACACAUCCGGUGCCAUACGUCUGGGUGACGCAGUGACGUACUGACGUCAAACGGAAAUCUGCUGCAGCAAUUCUUUCUAGAAUCGUGUAGCCGCUUCUUGCUAGGCCUCACUGGGUGUGUUUCCCUCUCAGUUUUUCUCAGCCAGGGCUAACAAAGCGCCAAAUUACACGCUUACAUAUUGAUUAAAAAGUGCACCUGUCUUAUGGUUUGCGUUUUUGAUUGAGGAACUGCUUAGCUUCUUUUAGCCUUCUAACUUAGCCGACUCAUAUCCCAGGCUAAAGCUGCUUGCGUAGUUUGCUUCUUAGUGGCACAAUGUCUGGGAUAGACUACAGUGUUUGGGACCAUAUUGAGGUGUCUGACGAUGAAGAUGAUACCCACCCGAACAUCGAUACACCCAGCCUCUUCAGAUGGAGACACCAGGCACGUGUGGAGCGAAUGGAAGAAUUUCAGAAAAAAGGUGAAGACUUAAACAAGUCCCUCUGUGAAACCCGGCGUAAGUUGGCAGAAGCACAGAAGAAAGUACAGGAGCUGAGCAUUUCAACCACAGAUGAUGCCAAACAAGAGCUGAGCAAAGCCCAGGCUGAGGAGAAAAAACUGAAGAAAGAGGAGAGGGAGUGGGAGAAGAAGUUAGAUGACCACAACAGGGAAGAGAAGAAGAUGCCAUGGAAUGUGGAUACACUCAGCAAAGAUGGAUUCAGCAAGAGUAUUGUUAACAAGGCUCCUGAUUCUACUGAAGAGACUGAAGAACAGAAGGAGCAAAAGCACAAGACCUUUGUGGAGAAAAAUGAGAAGCAGAUUAAACACUUUGGAAUGAUGCGACGUUGGGAUGACAGCCAGAAGUAUCUCUCUGACAACCCUCAUCUAGUAUGUGAGGAGACUGCAAACUACUUGGUCAUCAUGUGCAUUGACCUCGAAGUUGAGGAGAAACAUGCGUUGAUGGAACAGGUGGCUCAUCAGACCAUCGUCAUGCAGUUCAUUCUAGAACUGGCAAAAAGCCUGAAGGUUGACCCCAGAGGUUGCUUCCGUCAGUUUUUUGCCAAGAUUAAGACAGCAGAUCAACAGUAUCAGGAUGCCUUUAAUGAUGAGCUGGAGUCAUUUAAGGAGCGGGUUCGGGGAAGAGCAAAGAUCCGUAUAGAAAAGGCCAUGAAGGAAUAUGAGGAAGAGGAGAGACAAAAGCGCUUGGGACCUGGAGGACUAGAUCCUGUAGAAGUCUAUGAGACCCUGCCAGCUGAGAUGCAGAAAUGCUUUGAUGAGAAGGACAUUGGAAUGCUACAAGAUGUUAUUAGUAAAAUGGACCCCACGGAGGCAAAGACUCAUAUGAAGAGGUGCAUAGACUCGGGUCUCUGGGUCCCCAACUCCAGGGUGGAUGAUGGGGAUGAAAAAGAGGAUGAUGCUACCUAUGAGGAGGUGAAACAGGAGCAGGAAGAAAUUAAGAAGGAAUGACCAGCACUGAUCCUCUGAUAUGUUGCUUCUACAGAUGUACUUACCCACUGUAUUGCAACUCCACCCUGUGUGACUAGUUUGCCAAUUGAGGAACAAUGAAAUAACAUCUCUGAAGUAUUUAGCUGAAGCUGAAGGAUCUAGUAAUCACCUAACUACACAAGUACAUUCUACCAAUAACUGCUACUUGGAUGAAAUGGCUGUUUGUGUUUUUGGUGUUUUAUUUGUUUGGACGUCACUAAAGCUGUAUUUUUACAUUUAUUUGUGCACACCUGUUAAUUUUCUCUGCCGUUCAUGUGCACACAUACCUGCUGACUUCAUUUAGUCUGUUGUGUUGUUGAGAAGUAUUCCACACUUUUUCCAAUUGUGCUUUUUUAAUUUUCAAAUUUAAUCUUUUUUUUGGUCUAGGGCAUAAUGUAUUGAGAUUGUUAUUUCCCCAAGAUGAAAUUUUCUACAAACUUGCAUACGUAAAGAUUGAAAAAUACCCAAAUACUCAAGAUGAAGGGACUGUGGUUGUCUUUAAACCUAAGGUGUAGGUGACACUGCACAAAUCAUGAGGUUAUGAGAGAAUAAGGAUAAGAGCCAUGAUAUACAGCAAGUGAAUCUGUGCAUGUGUUAUUUAAUGAAGCAUUUGGUCUAUAAAGGUGUGACUCAGAUUAUGUAGA